ACUUCCGGGUUUGGCAAUAAUCUGCGCUCGGCGGCGGCGUUAGUUCGGCCCUGUUGGGUCUUGCUCAGAAGCUCCGCCUCUCCCCGGUUUUUCUAGAAAUCCGGCUUUGAUCUUGGUGGUGUCGUACAGGUAUUUCCCUGCCACUUCGGGUGCUCUCGAGGCAGUGCUCUCCGGAGCGGGAGAGACUUUCCUGUUGAGCGUCCCAGACGCGCGUGUGGGUCUCCCAUGGCGGAUACGGCCCCGAACAGCCCCCAAGGGGCGGGCGCAGUGCAAUUCAUGAUGGCCAAUAAACUGGACACGGCGAUGUGGCUUUCUCGCUUGUUCACAGUUUACUGCUCUGCUCUGUUUGUCCUGCCUGUUCUUGGGUUGCACGAAGCUGCGAGCUUUUAUCAGCGUGCUUUACUGGCAAAUGCUCUUACCAGUGCUCUGAGGCUGCACCAAAGAUUACCACAUUUCCAGUUAAGCAGAGCAUUCCUUGCCCAGGCUUUACUAGAAGACAGCUGCCACUACCUGCUGUACUCACUCAUCUUUGUCAAUUCCUACCCUGUUACAAUGAGUAUUUUCCCAGUCUUGUUAUUCUCUUUGCUUCAUGCUGCCACAUACACGAAAAAGGUCCUUGAUGCGAAGGGUUCAAAUAGUUUACCUCUGCUGAGAUCUAUCUUGGAUAAAUUAAGCGCUAAUCAACAAAAUAUUCUGAAAUUUAUUGCUUGUAAUGAAAUAUUCUUGAUGCCUGCUACAGUUUUUAUGCUUUUUAGUGGCCAAGGAAGUUUGCUCCAGCCUUUUAUAUACUAUAGAUUUCUUACUCUUCGAUAUUCCUCUAGAAGAAAUCCAUAUUGUCGGACCUUGUUUAAUGAACUGAGGAUUGUUGUUGAACACGUAAUAAUGAAACCUGCUUGCCCACUGUUUGUGAGAAGACUUUGUCUCCAGAGUAUUGCUUUUAUAAGCAGACUGGCACCAACAGUUGCGUAGUUUAACAUCCAGCUAAGUUAUAUAUAGUAGAAAUAAGCAUUUUUAGCAGUUGGUACUUCUGCUAAGGGUUGUUAAUUCCAGGUAUAAAACUGACCUCAAUCCAAUUUACAUAAACGCAUCUCAAUGGAAAAUUUAUCAUUUUCCUGGCAUGUUAAAUCAAGCCUUUUAAAAAGUUCCCAAGAAAAUUUUAUUGUGCUGUGUUAUUAAUGGUUAAGGAAGUUUCUGUCCUGUGAUCAAUGUAUCAGAAAUUUUUUUUAAAUGCUGCUGUGCCUUUAUCAUGAACUACAUUUAUUUCUCUUGUAAAAGUAGCUUUAAAAUUUCUUUCAACUUAAUUGGUACCCUAAAUUUAUAUCUGGCAUGAUUCCAUUGUAGUAAUAUUAACAUACAUGAAUUCAUCAUAUUUUGAGACAGUAUUAUUUUGCCAUUCAGUAAUUUUGGUUGAUGAUUUUAAAAGAAACAUUUACCACUAUAUUUAAUUUCAGAUUGUUAUUAAAUUCAUGUUCUGCUGCUUUGUUAGGAUUUGUUUUGGAUAUACCAUUUUAAGAGGAAUUCUGCAUGCAUCUUGUAUAUUAUGCUAUGAUCUUCCAAAUUUUUAUUUCCAUAACUACUUAAUGUGGCUUUGAAUAUUUUUUAAAAGGCUGAACUGUAAGCGUGUUAGCCAACCGAGUCACUAUCUGGGGUCACUGCUGUUUCACAUCAGAAAGCCUUAGUGGUUAUACGGCUUUCCUUUUCGAUACCCAUCAAGUAACCUUUCUCAAAUAGGAAACCCUUUUACAGAUGUGGACACAUAGAUGAUUAGCGUUAUUGUAGUUUAUAGAAUUAGAUUCUUGACCGCCGAUUUUCUUGGUUCCUUAGGCUUGAAUUUUCAUAGACAGUUGCAGCAGUUCAGAUGUUUUUUGAAAGGAAUGUAACUGAAGAUUGAGCAUAUCCUGUGCUUGGGUCUGUUCUGAAAUAAUAAUGAAGAUGAUCCUGUAGAUUACAUACUUACCCAUCAAAUAUGAUUUAAAAGGUUAAAUGGAAAGAUUUAUAGGUAAGAUAAUUGGUGGGGAAUGGGGCUGGAAGAUGAAUUGUGGGGGAUUGGUGUGUAUUUUAAUUUUUUAAUGCAUAGGUAAAUUUGGGAGUCUUGGGUGUAUUAUGCAGCUGUGAUUCGAAUUGUAUAAUAUGUUAAAUCCUGUUUGUUGAGCUGCCCUCAACUUUAUAAAAUUCAUUCUGAUCUUUAUUACUGUUGCAUGGUUGGGAAUGUUUAAAACACCGCAAAAGUUUUAAUACACAGUGAUGUAAUGGUUUUUGUAACCAGUUUUCUUCUGUCUGCAUGUAAUUGGAUUUCUCAUACAUUUAUUGAAACUUGUCAGUAACAUCAGUUUUCUUUUUGCUCAACUUUCCCAUCUUUGGAAAUGUGUCUACUUGAUAGCUCAACUGUAGCCAACUGUUUUUGUAUUUUUUUAAUAUUUAUCUACUAAGUUAGAAAAGCAGCCUCAUGCAGUACAGUUGAUUGGGGUGGGUGGGUGGGUGUGUGGCUAGCCUCAUUAUCACUAUAUAUGUAAUAUGAUGGUUUUAAGAACUAAUUUUCUAGAGCAAUAAAGUAACUGUAAUGUUAAGUAAACAAUAUAUUAUUGAUUCCUAAUGAUGUCUUUAAAAUUAAGUCUUGAAUUAUAUCAGGAAAUCUUGGCAGCUGAAGUCAUACUUAUUUUUAAGUUACGUGUUUUUUUGUUUUCUACAAUUUUUAAAAAUCGAGAUAAUUUUAGAUUUAUAGAACAGUUGCAAAAAUAGAGUUCUUGUAUACCUUUUACUCAGCUUCCCCUUAUAUUAACACCCUACAUAACUAUAGAGCAUUUAUCAGAACUAAGAAAUUAGCCUUGGAACAAUACUUUUAAUUAAAGUAUAGAACUUACUCAGAUUUCACCAUUUUUUCCGUUAAUUUUCUUCUUGUGAGCUGUUUUUACUGAUUGUCUUUUAAUGACCUACGAGUGUGCCUCUGUUCUGAGUUUUUCCUCUUUAGUUUGGGAAUUACUGUUGGUCAAAAAGAUUUCCCUAGAGGGAAUAAUUUCAUGUUGGUUUUGACGAAAAGAAUUUUAAUAUUAAAACUUAAAAAUGUAGAAUACCCUGUGCUUUAAAAGUUGAGGCUUUUUAUCACAUAACAGGAUUAUAUUUCUCAUAUGCUCCUGUUGGACUGUUCUUUAAUGGAAGGUUUGAUUUUUAAAUAAAAAACUCCUUAAUUCAUGAAAAAGUAAAUUUUACAAUUUGAGCGUUACUGGAUGUUUAGUUUGCAUGAGCUUGUACCUAGGAAUCCCAUGAUAUGUGUAUGUACAACCGGCUGAUUUGACAUCUGGAAUUACAGUUUAAUAUGUACAUCUAUCAAAUUAAAAUUAAGGAAAUACAGUAGCAGUAUAUGGAAUGAAUGAAGUGGAAGAAAUUAUAGCAUAGCUGAACUUCAUUUUAUUUCCAAGUUUAAAAAAGUCAGCAUCCAAAAUACCUAAUUCUUUUUUAGAAGUGCUGUAAUGCUAUUCUGGGACAGGUGGAAGCCUAACAUAAAACCUACUUUUAUUAUAACAAGAAUUCUUUUGUAUACCUGAUGCCUUGUGAAUAUAAGCUCUAUUUAAUAUCAGUCCCAAACUGAAAUUUCUUAAAUAGUAAUUUUGCUCCUGGAAGUAAGCAAGUAAUUUAGGUAUUUAGGAGUUUCCCUUACAG